UCUCCCCUCUUGGAAGAGGGUCUCAGAGCCUCCAAAAAUGGUCGUAUCUCUGAGACUACCUUCUCUGAGCUCGCUCUUCUCGCCCUCCAUCUCCCGCCGUUACCCGUCAGUUCUCCGCCGUCGCCACCACCUCCGUCCGCCGCCUUCCUCCGCAAGUUUCUCAGCUCAGAGCACUGCGCCGGCGACCGACGUCGUCGACAGUCGGAAGAGCAACCAGAAAGUCCAGGACGGCGGCGUCACUCCUCGGUCACAGGACUUCAAUGCUUGGUACCUCGACGUCAUUGCAAAUGCGGAGCUUGCAGAUUACGGUCCGGUUCGCGGAACCAUGGUGAUUCGUCCCUACGGCUAUGCUAUCUGGGAAGCCAUUCAGGAUUAUCUGAAUGUGAAAUUCAAGGAGACUGGUCACAGUAAUAUGUAUUUCCCACAGCUUAUACCAUACUCGUUUAUAGAGAAAGAAGCUAGUCAUGUUGAGGGUUUCAGUCCUGAAUUAGCACUGGUGACAAUUGGAGGAGGGAAGGAGCUUGAAGAAAAGCUUGUGGUUCGACCGACAAGUGAAACGAUAGUGAAUCAUAUGUUCACUCAGUGGAUUCAUAGCUACCGUGAUCUUCCGCUUAUGGUUAACCAGUGGGCAAAUGUCACAAGAUGGGAGAUGCGGACGAAACCUUUUGUGAGGACUCUUGAAUUUCUCUGGCAGGAAGGCCAUACUGCUCAUGCCACUCCAGAGGAGGCGGAAAAAGAGGCUAUACAGAUGAUUGACGUAUAUACAAAAUUUGCUUAUGAGGAAGCUGCAAUACCUGUUAUUGCAGGUCGAAAAUCAAAAGUGGAAACAUUUGCUGGUGCUGUUAGGACCUACACAAUAGAGGCUAUGAUGGGUGAUCGGAAGGCAUUGCAGGCUGGAACCAGCCACAAUCUUGGGCAGAAUUUCUCUCGUGCCUUUGGAACACUGUUUACUGAUGAAAGUGGACAGAGGCAACAUGUUUGGCAGACUUCCUGGGCUGUGAGUACCCGUUUUGUUGGUGGUAUUAUAAUGACCCAUGGAGACGACACCGGUUUAAUGCUUCCCCCAAAGAUUGCUCCAAUACAGGUGGUGAUCGUACCCAUUUGGAAGAAGGAAGAUGAUAAAGCAGGAGUUCUCAAUGCUGCAUCAUCUGUAAAGGAUGCACUGCAUACUGCUGGGAUUAAAGUUAAACUCGAUGACACUGAUCAAAGAACCCCAGGAUGGAAAUUUAAUUUCUGGGAGAUGAAGGGAGUCCCUUUAAGGAUUGAAAUUGGUCCUCGUGAUGUAUCAAGCCAGAGCGUGGUUGUAUGCAGAAGAGAUGUUCCUGGAAAGCAAGGGAAGGUUUUUGGAAUAUCCAUGGAGCCUUCAAUUUUGGAGGCUUAUAUCAAGGACAAGUUGGAUGAGAUCCAGUCAUCUCUUUUGGGACAAGCAACAUCAUUUCGUGAUGGCAAUAUUGUGGAUGUGAGCUCAUAUGAUGAACUCAAAGUUGCAAUCUCCCAGGGAAAAUGGGCAAGAGGUCCUUGGUCAGCUAGUGACAAAGAUGAGUUGAAGGUGAAAGAAGAAACAGGGGCAACCAUAAGGUGUUUUCCUUUUGACCAGCCGCAUGGGAUUAAAACAUGUUUGAUGACUAGCAAUCCUGCAGAGGAAGUUGCCAUUUUCGCAAAGUCAUACUAAGUUUCUUGGUUUUCACUUGGAACGCCCAAACGGUGUUUACUGCACAGAGACUACUUGUGGUCUGUUUUGUCAAACUUUCUUCUUAUAGACUUGUAGUGGAUUACAGCAAGUGAUGUAACAUAACAAUUGCUAUGAAAUGUCGAAGAGGUUCUUUGCUAA